CUUACGCCGUUAUACGGCCCUUUCUGGUUAUAAGUUGCUGCUCUUGUCCACACCGAUCGACGAAAUGUCGUCGCCCUUCGACAGCCGGCGGCGGAUCACUGGCGUUCGGUAGUUGGUGAGUGCUACAUUAGUGCGUUUGGGUGAUGGAGGGCAAUCAUUUUCGUAGCCUGUCGCUAGUAACUUAGUUAUUCAGCCCUCCCUACAAAGUUCUGUUCAUUCCUGCACUGAACCAAUCACAUGGACGGCGAGCCAGACAAACAGUCAGUUUGACACUAUUUUAUUUACCUCGCCAUCCCAGCUACAAGCUUGCUAUACCAGCAGCAGCGUUUGGAGCCCCAUCCAGUCGCGUAUUAUAUGUACACGACUGACAAUAAUAGCACUGGAUUAGUUAUCGAUAAGCAGCCAGACAAAAGUGGUAUCGUCAGUAACAGCACCAUACUCAAAGCUGCCGAAGAUUACCGGUAGUUACAGUCUUCGUAAUAGCGUCAAAGCGAGCCCCGGCCGCAGCGUCAGCAAUAGGCCAACACAAAGCUGACGUUAUACAACGGAAGAUUUGGCUGUCUAAUACGCGCACAAUAUCUACAGCGCUCAUUUACUCAGUUGCGUUCCUGUUUGUCUGUCGAUCGGUCGGCCGGCCGUUCGAUCAAUCGCGUGUACUAACCGCAAUUCGACGUAAGAGUAGUAAGUGAGUCUCCGUCGCUCUCUGCUUCUGUCUGUUUGAGAGACAGAGAUUUCUUGCAGAGGAGAACGUUGCGCUGUUUGGAUUUUUUGCCCACUACAACCACCGUCUACGACACGAUUUCCGCGGUGAAGGAUAGCGCCUUGGAUACCGUAAACGGAAUCAUCGUUCGACCUCUUACCAUCAGAAGUAGAGCUGAACGCAUAGGGGACGCUUCAAGCGCCAAAUGAGCCUCUGAGGAAAAGAGACCGGCCUGAGGCAGGAUACGGCAAAAAGGUAGAUCCACAACAACCACUGCUACGACAGCGGGACCUGUGCGACACAGCGCAAAGAGCAUUAGCCUUAAAAAGACAGCGGCAGAAAAGGCAAUAAUAGGCUCAUCUGGACACCAUUUCCAUAGCCGGCCUGUCAUCGUUUGGUCCCUGAACGUGCAUGUGUGGUUUUGCUGUACGAAACGAGCAGCCAGAAUAGGUCACAAGCUAGGUUUAACAGAAGGAUCCGUUAGGGACUCUGCUCGAAUCCUACUGGAGAGAAAGGGAAGCAACAGGACCAGUGACAUAUAGAUGUCAGUUCAGAGACGGAUCUCUGUGUUGUCUCUGUCAUACAAUUGCUCCGCAAAAGUGUGGAUGAAAAAAAUAAAUAACUGAGAAGUCUGAUAUAGAGGCCGCGAAAGGAUAAGUGGUUACGCUAGGUGAAGCAGUGACAAAAACUUGGAAUGAGAGGAUGGCGGCGACAUUGGCAAGUUACAGACGUCUAACUGCUACUGAAGAUGUUGUAUUAAUAUUUCCGUUGUUGACGGCAAUCUACCAGCAGCAGCAGCGGCAGUGCAGAAUUACCACGAGGAAAACUCCUAGUAAUAACCUCUAGCAAGUAAUUACCGUUAUUGUUAUUACUAUUACUAUUAUUAUCUUUAUUCUUGUUCGCGCACUGACGGUAUUCUUAUAUUAAGAAACAGUAGCGGCGGUCUCUUUUUCAGUGUAGAUCGGAUUGAAGGGACAUGUGUGUCCUCACUGGGUGCCGCAUUGACCAAUAACAGACAACGAGACGUGAUAUUCUGGCUCCAUUGUGGAGUGUAGCAUUGACUAGCGCCUCCGUGCUACAUAUCGUGGAUAUAAACCGUGUGGAUAUAUAUAUAUAUAUAGUAGGAUUAAAUGUGAGUAUGCUGUAAAAAGCUAAAUAAUAAGCGGAUAAAUUGGCUUAUUUUUAAAAGUGUGUGACAAGGAUAGCAAUGCGAAUAAUUACGACCUUAAAGUGUCGGCCAUAUACUCUUCAGUACAACCAGAUGGUGUUAAUUUACAAAUGACUGGGUAGAAACAAUAGAAUGAGCAGAAAUAUGCUACGAUACAUUAGUAAACGUUGGUCGAAGGCAGCUGACACGCAGAGCACAACGCCACAAAUGGACACUGGCCAUUACCUGCUGUGCAAAAUCAUCCUACUCGAUGGAACUGAUCUUGCCAUCGAGAUACCGAAGAAGGCGCUUGGGGAAACUUUGCUUGAACAAACAUUCUACAAUAUUGACCUGGUCGAAAAGGACUAUUUCGGCUUACAGUUCAUCGAUGCGUUCAGCAUCCAACAUUGGCUCGAUCCAACGAAAGGGGUGCGAAAGCAGCACACAGUUGGUCCACCAUACACGUUCCAUAUGCGCGUGAAGUUCUAUUCACCAGAACCGACGUUGCUCCGUGAAGAGCUUACGAGGUAUUUGUUCUUCCUUCAGCUCAAACAGGAUGUCCUGCACGGUAGACUGCCCUGUCCAUACGACGUGAUGGUAGAGCUGGCAGGCUUUGCCUUGCAAUCAGAGCUGGGUGACUACGAGGUUAAAACGCACACGGCUGAAUUUAUUUCAGAGUUUCGUUUCUGUCCUGAGCAGAGCGAGCAGAUGGAACUCGACAUACUUGCAGCCUUUGGCCGGCUUCGUGGUCAAACACCUGCUCAAGCUGAGCUUAGCUAUUUGAGUAAGGCGAAGUGGCUCGAGCUAUACGGGGUGGACAUGCACACUGUGCUCGGCAAGGAUGGCUAUAGCUACUCGCUGGGCCUGACGCCUACAGGCAUACUUGUGUUCGAAGGUAAGACCAAGAUUGGUCUGUUUUUCUGGCCAAAGAUCACUCGGCUUGAGUUCAAAAGUAAAAAGCUCACUCUAGUCGUUGUCGAAGAUGAUGAUGACGGACACGAACAAGAGCAUACUUUUGUAUUUCGCCUGUUCAACCCGAAAGCUGCUAAGCAUUUGUGGAAAUGCGCCAUCGAACAUCACACCUUCUUCCGCCUAAAAGCGCCUCCACAGCAAUCGGCACUGAAGCAGAAUUUAUUUCGAAUGGGUUCGCGGUUCCGUUACUCCGGCAAAACGGAAUUCCAGGCAACUGCUCGGGCCCGACCUCGUCGCGCGGUUCAAUUCGAGAGGCGACCCUCACAACGCUUCUCGAGACGACAAUCACAGCGAGCAGCAAAGGAUGCAAGCACAGCGAAUACUAACGAUAUCAGCAAAGACAGUGCACAAAGCUGCAAAAAGGCUGAUAUAGUAAACAAGAGUAUCUGUGGAGGGAGCGACGAUUCUCUUGACAUGAACCACACCGUAGCAGAACUUGCCGAUCCUGAGGACAUGGAUCUGGCCUCCAGCGACUCCUCGACAUACAGCGAGGACGACAUCGCUGACAGUUCCUCACUGCUUAUCUCACCUACAGCCGCUGUCGACAACAACACCCCCAACACCAACAGCAACACCAGUCAACCCGAUCACAAAGGGAUGGGCAACAAUGGCUAUAUUUCGACCCCAGCAACACCAACGCCGGUGCCAACAGCCAUAAGGCUACAGGCGCCCACAAUACAACAUCAGAAGAACAAGCAAGGCGGCCGUAGCAGUAUCAUCAACAGGAACGCCAUUAUCUCACCUACUGCUGUGGCAAAUCGGGAGGUCAGUGGUCUACAGGCUCCCAGACUUACUCCAGCAAACAACAGCCGCGCUCCAGAGUCGCGAAACAACAUGCAAGAUGCGGACAGUCAACGGCCGCCCCUUGUCAAGCAGAUCAAGAAUAUGAUACAAGUCAGCAGCAAUGAACGGCCUACAGCGUCGUUGAUUCCACAGACAAUGCAGGCAUCUCUGCAUCAGACAACGGUGACAGGGGAUACCAAGUCUGACUCUAGAAUAGACAAUACGGCAAGCAGCACGUGUCUGAGUAACAUUGCCGGAACAACCUUGCCCCAGUUUGCUCCAGCGUCAACCAUGCCCAUUCUCGUUACACCAAACACAACGGGGCAGAAUAAUGCUACGGCCGCUGAAGCUUUACGGCAGGCGGCUCAACUCCACAAAUUCGAUGAAGUACGCACCGACAUCCGUGUAUUCUGUCGAACGAAAGAACUGCCAUCGGUUACAUCGGAGAUUCAGCACCGCCUAGUUGAUGCUACUGGAAGGCCUCGCUAUGAGCUGCGCUCCGUUAGCAGGACAGGAUCGCUUGGGAGUGAUUCUUCAUCAGGAGCGCAGGAAACUUCGACAUGUUCGUCGCUUGACCGAAUCUCUCCUUACUCACCGACUACGCCGUUGACGCCUUCGCCACAUUCAGGUCAUUCGGCCUUGUCCAGGACCGCGAGCCCGCUUCGGCAUAUGAUCAGUACAGAACUUUAGGGCAAUCUUUACCUAUUUUCAUUAUCGUAGCAGUGGCGAGCUGUCUCAGUAAUGAUGAUCACAAUCAUAAAAGCCAAAAGUAUUUCGUCUGUGUCACUGUGCACGCCUUGCCGAAAUUUGCUGAAAAAAAGAAACGCUCCAAAAUGCUUUCUCCCAAAUCAAUGUAGCCAUUACUUCGGACAGAUGCAAUAGGGAGACCAACAAAAAAAUGCAGUACCGAAUCGGAUACAAAUCCAUGCUGAUAUUGCCAAUGUGAUACUUGAGCACAUUUAUUAUUAUUAUUAUUAUAUAUUAUACGUAAUAGGUAUUCAUCUUUACGCAGAAAAUACGAGAUAGCAAAGAAAGCUAUAAGAAAAGCACAACUGCAGAUGGUGUUGUACAAGAUGCAACUAUAACGGCACAGUAGAUUAUGGUAAAUAGAGGAAAGGAAUGAAAAGCCGUAGCUUUCAAAAGAAAAAAAAGUAGGAGACAGAUAGAAUCGGCAAUAUUAAUCAUUCGGGCUUCAGACACUCGUCCACAGUAGCUACAAACAAAAACCUGUUUAUAUAAAAUAUAGUACUGCGACUAUCGGGACCAUGUUUUGCUAUGAGGUGGUUGUAGCUCGUCCAGAAGAAUAGGCCCAUAGAUGACUGCGCUGCUGGUUGCUUUUAGAAGUAAUAAAGAAAACUGUUUAUUCAACAACGGAUACUCAUAAUAGAUUUAUAAUGGCAUUGAAAUUCACUCAAAACUAACAAUAGUCACCCUAGGACAACAAUUUCAUUUUAGUUUAAUUUUCAAGCUAUGAGCUUUGUCGAAAAUCGUACGGUUGAUCGAGUGUUAAAUACGGACCUAAUUUGUUUUUCGGACAAUAGCACGCUCUGGGCUGCACAAGAACAGGGUCAAAUCAUUGAAUAUUGUAGCUCUUUUUUUUUCAGAUACCAAGAAAUACACAGUAGUUUAAUAAGGCUGCAAUAUUUCAGUUGUAUUGAGCGGGCAAACCCACAUAUUAGAGCCUAAUAUUAAAUGAAGUACACUUCGACAUCGAACUUUGCUCAAUUUCUAAUUUAGCCUUAUUUUGUAGAAAAUCCCUGCGUCGAGAUUCGUUCAAACCUAUAAGUCACAAACGAAUCAUAGAAUAAGAAGAUCUGAUUUGUUUUUUUAUCUGUUGUUCCUCUCCUUGUGGGCAGAGUGACUGUGACAUCGAACGAUUUUUACUACCGAAAUUCCUUACUGUCCAGUUGUAGAACACUCGGUGGCGUAUUUUCUUCUGAAAUUUCCAUAUUUUAAUAACAUCGCCGAGGUUAGGUGUAGGCCGAUGCAAACUUUAGCAUUUUACUCUGGUGUAAUUUUUCGAAAACCUAGUGACGCGAUGAAAAGAAAAGGAAACGUUCCACAACUCUGUGUUAGCUAAGUUGUUUGUAAUUGUAAGGAUAUUUUGUAAACUCUUUUGAUAAUGUUAUCAUUAUCUGAUAGAAUAUAUUUCUAGAAUGUUUCCCUGUUUUGUCGGUCUAAAGUAGCUUAUUUGACUACUUAGGUUCAGUCGUAGGUUACAAAUCCGGCGAUUGAGCAGCAGCUAAAUGAAACAGAAUUAGAUCAAAUCUUCCCCUGCCAUUUGGAUAGUACUUCGAUGACUAUUGCAGUUUGUCCGUAAUAUGUAAUGUUGUAAAUAAUAAUUAGUAGACUCUUUCAGAAGAAGUGUUGCUUGUUGAAGAUCUAACAAUGACUCAUUAUACGCUCUGCAGUCUGCAAUAAAAAAAAAAACAACGCACAAACAUACGUGUUGCUGUUGUCAAGAGAGCAUUGAUUUUUUCAAAGCCAAAAUUGAAGAAGACACUUCUUAUAUUUCGAAAUGUCCAGAAACUAGAUAUGCACGAUUUUGACUGAUGAUGACCUUCUACUAUAUCUGUCUAGUAAUACCAUAGUUCCAUCACUGUUGAACUUCUACGGUUCCAGGGUGGAAGUGGCCUUUGAAUUUCCCUAUUGAGACUGAAUUAACACCAUUCGGAGGUUUCUGCAAAGACCAAAACGGAUCGUUUGAUUGUGCUGGAUUCGGGCUAUACGGCGGUAGUCAAGGACGUAUAUGAUUUGACAUUUUCAUGGUGACAAAUGACGCCUUUUAUAUUCUCUAC